GACUUCUCCAUUGAUAAAGAGACGCGUUUCGAUCUUCUCUGGUAGACCCAUUUUGGCGAUACUAAGAUCUUGAGCGAUUAAAUUCGAUUGAUACUCGGAAAGUGAGUUGGGAGAUAUUUUAGUGGUGUAGGCUAUCUUAAAAUGGAAAAUAGCGCAGUAAGUUUGGAGAAGAAGCGAGGCUGUGCUACGGUGUUGCUUCGAUGACUUCGACGACCCCACCUCGGUGCCGGUCUUGCUCCACACGUUCGCUCAAAGCGUCCCGCCGGCAAUAUCAUCCCGCGACUUCAUGCAUAUCGCACCUAUAUCACCGCCGUGAUAGGCGAGCCCAUUCGCGGAGCUCUGGCAAGAGGGGAACUUUGGUUGCGAAUCCCACGAGAUACCUUCAUGUGCCGUGAGAAGCUUCGUGUUGGACUGCGAGUCUUAAGAAGGAAUGAAUAGCCGUACCCUCCAGGUUGUGACCAUUCACCAUUAUUUGUUCAAGACCGCGAAAUCAUGGGAAGCGAAAUCGAGCAGUUGAAGGCGAUAGUGGAGAAGCUACAGGCGGAAGUGACGCGUUUGAGUGAUCAGGAGGACAUCCGCAAGCUCCAGUAUACGUACGGUUACUAUCUCGACAAGUGUCUAUACAAAGAGGUCGCCAAUCUAUACGCCGACCAUCCUGACACAUGCGUUGAGUUUCUUGGGGGCCGAUACAAUGGCAAAGAGGGCGUACAAAGACUGUACAUCGGUCGAUUCGCCAAUUCCUUCGUAGCUGGGCGUAAUGGCCCUGUUUAUGGCUUCCUCCUUGAUCAUCCACAGAUGCAAGGCAUAGUCGAUGUCAAUUCCGAGGGCACACGUGCAAAAGGCCGCUUCCGCAGUAUGAUGUCGGCUGGUACCCACGAUAGCAUCAAGGACACACAUCCUCGCGGCCUGGUACAAUGGUGGGAGGGUGGAGUGUAUGAGAACGAGUACAUCAAAGAGAAUGGCGUAUGGAAGAUCUUCAGGCUGAAGUACUUCCCGUUUUGGCACGCGACAUUCGAAAAAGGUUGGGCACACACCAAGCCCAACUACGUGCCGUUCCUCUCGAAGACGUAUCCAGAAGAUCCAAAUGGGCCAGAUGUGUUGUGCGAUCACCCGAUGCUCUGGCCAGACACGCGCGUCGUGCCCUUCCACUACAAGCACCCUGUCACUGGUGAGCAAGUGGCCGACGACGAUCUUAGAGCUCCACACUUUGGGAAAGACCCUUCAACGAGCACUCCUCCACUCGUGCUGAGCAAACCAAAAUCGGAGAUGAAUGGCACGACUUAGGUGUAGUACUGCACACACCACUAACGGAUAUGUUCUAUGGCAAGCAAAUAGUAGCUCGAUAUCAUCACAGCCUUUGCUAGCCGCGUGUUACAUCUUUUUGCAGCUCUAAUGAAUAAGAGUGCAUGACAUUACACGUGCCCGAACACGUACGAUCAACAUAUGUUAAACCUAAGCUCUCUUCUUCGGACCAAACGUGCCGCUGUCGGUC